CCCGGAAGACAAUCCAUGUGCCUUUGAAAGCAUUUCGAAAAAAGAAGAAGGAAAGUCUCAAACUAACAGCAUGAACUAAGUUUCUUCAGAAGAAAGAUUGCUGAAGUAUUUUUCAUUUGAUUCCUGUUGGACAUUGGUAUGGAGGAGACGACCACGGCAGUCGCUUUUGCACCUCCUUGGAUUCUUGGCUGGCCCCUCCCCGUGCAAACCGUCUUCGGCGUGGUAGCCGGAGCCGUCCUGCUUGUGGUCCUACUCGGCAACCUCACGGUGUUGUACACCUUCGCAAGGACCCGCCGCCUGCACACCUAUGCCAACCUGUACGUCGUCGGCCAAGCCUCGGCCGACCUCCUGGUAGGCACACUGGUCACCCCACUCCACGCUGCGUACUGGUCGCUGGGUUACUGGCCUUUCGGUCACACCCUCUGCUUGUACCUGUUCCUGAUCGUUGGCGCCAGCACCUUUCACACCAGUUACCUAAUCACCCUCAUCAUUGCUGUUGACCGGUACAUCUCCAUUGCUUACCCAAUCAAGCAUCUGAGUUACCGCAAAACCAAAGUUGCCCUGACUGCGAUCUUCCUGGCAUUCUUUAUACCAGUGUGCCUUUGGCUGCCGUUCUUUUUCUACUGGGAAUUCGCCUAUGAUGGAGUCUUUGUAGUGGCCCCCAGUUUCUGCGUCCCGGUGUACAUCAGCAACGCGCACGUCACAGUGGCCGUCAUCUGCGUCCAAACUUGGGCGCCGAUUUUACUGACGGCCAUUGUGUACGGGCGGGUCUACCGCAUCGCCAGAUUCGCCAGCGCCAGUAGAAAAUCGGGGCCCGCUCGCGAAUCGGCCACUGAGGCUAGCACGUCCAAGGCGACCGAGGUGACCACUCUGGACGUAGGCAUCGCAAUCAGCAAGGCAGCGGGCAGAGCCAACUUGGCCUUUUCGCUGGAGGACCUCGGCACCGACAAAGGCGACGACCGUGGGGAGGAGAUCGAUGAGCCGCAGAGACGAGCCAGUUCGCGAAUGGGCAUACCCCAUUCGAAGUCGGGACGCGGGGACACCUUGGCCGAGAUCAAGACAGUUUCAUCCAGGAACAAGUUGAAAGGGAACAAGGCACUUCGCACCCUGACGCCCAUCUUCAUCUCAAUGUUGUUGUCGGGUCUACCUUGGGCGAUCAUCUCCAUUGUCUUUGUCAUCUGCCCUACAUGCUUACCCAGCAUUGUCAAUCAGAGUGCAGUGUUUUUGACUCGCACCUUCGGCGCCAUAAAUCCAUUCUGUUACGCCAUCGCCAACCCCCUCUAUCGGCGGGCUUUCCUCAAGAUCGUCUGUGCUAAGAGAAACCCAUAGUUACAGUAACGAAUCUUAUUGUGCUUGAGAUCUGCAGCUGUCGAACAA